AUGGAGAUGGCGCACGCAGAAUCUACCAACCUGAGCCCCUGGGCGCGACCUGAGAGUGCAAUACUCGCCCUUAUGGGCCCUGGCGAUACUCCUGAGGCGUACCAGGAGCGGGUGAAGGACGAUAUGGGACAGCUAGAUAUCUCUGUACAGCGUUCGAGACAGCUACACAAUGCGCAUAGUCCCCUCCUAUCGCUGCCGGACGAGCUCCUCCUGGACAUCAUCCGUCGUGUGAGAGACGCGACUCUUGAGAGCGCCACAUACCCGCGCGCUCACCCUUGGAAUGUGUCUGUGACGCUGUGCCGCCGACUUUGGGGGAUUGUCACCGGUUUCCCGUCGCUCCAUACGCGCCUGUCGAACGUAGGCCAUUCGACAGAAUUCAUUAAGCGGUCGCUCGUGCGCUCCUACCCUCUUGCGGCAGACAUCCACAUAAACGUUCCUUCGCAAUACAGAGAAGAUGAGCUGUCUCAAUGGACUCGCCUUCUGCGAUCCCAUGGUCACCGCAUCGAGGCGUUCUCACUUCGCGUACCCGACUGCGAUCCCUUCGGAAUCACCGCCACCGGAAUAGCAAACUGGCCGGAUCAUCUGACAUCCCUGAAAUCGCUCCAGUUACAUGUCGAUCGGAAUAAAGUUCAAAACGAUCACAGGCUCAUCUAUCUUAAACACCUCUUGUCGGUCCUCAUUCUCGCGUCCAGAGCGUCCUGCUUGGCUUCACUGCAGAUCGACGGGCUACUCCCAAGGCCUCGAGCAGGUGGCAUUGUAGCUCGUGCAGUGUAUCGAAGGCUUGUAGUACUGUAUUUGAGCGACAUUCAGUUUGACUUCGAGGACCUCGCCGAUUUCGUGGCGAUAUUGAGUGCUGCGAGCACUCUCGAGCGCCUUGUCGUGCACCAAGCCAACCUCAAAGCGUUCAUGGGUUCACCCCUCCACCCGUUUACCGAUAGUCGACAACUGCCUCUCCCGGAUACACUCCGAGUGCUCGAAUACUCAGGCAGCAAAGAAGCGGAGUUUAUUCUUUUGGAACACCUCGUCCCGUCCAAUCCCGAUACACGCCUCGUACUCACCUGCACCGAUCCAUCGAAACAUUCCGCAGCCCACAUCAGCACCGCCUUGAAGCGCUGGAUGAGCGCCAGGCGCUCGACAGUAGUCGAGGCUGCGCUGCGCAUCGCCAACAAGGUGCCGGACGGCCGUAUACAAUACUUGACACGACUGUCUUUGUGGAGUUCCCACGAGGCCGCAGACACGGGUCAUCCGCCGGAUGUCGAGUACAACGGCCGCCUUCGACAUGCCGAGUCGUUCGAAGACAUGAUGACUGGUCCAUCCUACGAACACCUCCAACGACUACGCCUCCAGGUCGACAAGACCGCGUACUCCCUUCUUCAAGUGUGGAAGUAUGGACUCGAUUCAUGGGCGCCGCGUCUACGCGACCUCGACAUCCGUCUGCACCCGACAUCGGAACCCCGUCUCUCAAGCGAAGUAUUCUACUUCUGCGAGUGGCUUCGCUAUCUCAACGUCAACGGGAAAGCACUCCAUAGCUUGACCGUUUCCUCAGAGGUGGCCGAUGCCCUGGACCGAUUGGAGAAGUCGCGGCUGCAGUCAUCCGAUGCGUUGAGUAAAGGCGAAUCUCACUCGGAUGCCUCUGCGGGCCCGUUAUCAUGGAGGGAGGCCGUGCACAAUGUCUUCGUCACCAACGUAUACUAG